AUGUCUUCUGCUGCUGCUCCUUCCAUCUUCGGCUCUGCUCCCGCUUUUCGUCGUGGUAGCGACAGCUCCGACACAGCUCCCGCCGUUGGCGCCGUCAGCCGCACUUCCCUCGGACCGGGAGGUGUUGGAAAGCAAAGGGAGGCUUUGAAGCUUCGCUUGGAUCUCAACCUCGAGGUCGAGAUUGCCAUUAAGGCCAAGGUCAACGGUGAUAUCACCCUCUCCCUCUUUCGGAAGGACAACCGUCGGGAUAUCAGUCUUACAAUCGUCAAGGACGUUCACCAUAAAAUGGUAGACCGUCACGAGUACAUUGAAAUGCCUGGUGGCCUGUACGGUGCAGCUGGAGGGUUUAUCAAUCGGCGAGGGAGCUUGUUUGCCUGGUAA